AUGGGUGAGCUUAAAACGGGUAAAGGCUUGCAUCAAGAAGUUGGUAUUUCUAGAGCUUGCGAUACUCGUUGGGGAUCUCACUUCAAAUCUUUUAAUUGUUUUAUUCUCAAGUUUGGUACAAUUAUGGACAUUCUUGAUAAUAUUGUUGAAACUGCACAUUCUAUGGAUGAAAGAUCCAGGGCAACAGGAUAUAUCAGAAUUGCUCAAACUUAUGAGGUUGCAUUCAUGUUGCAUUUGAUGAAAGAAGUUUUAGGAAUUACUAAUGAUCUUAGUACAUGUUUACAAAAAAAGGAGCAAGACAUUGCAAAUGCCAUGCUACUUGUUAAAGUGUCCAAGAGAAGGCUACAAGAGUUGAGGGAAAAUGAAAGAUGGGAUUUAUUUGUUGUUGAGGUUUCUGCAUUUUGUAUCAAGUAUAAUAUUGUGGUGCCUAAUUUUGAUGAGCCGUAUGUUAAUUCUGGAAGAUCACGGCGUAAAUCUGCUGAUUAUAUUGUUUUUCAUCAUUAUCGUGUUGAAGUAUUUUGUAAAAUAAUUGAUUGGCAAUUGCAAGAACUCAAUGAUCGUUUUGAUGAGGUAACAACCGAGUUGCUUUAUGGAGUUGCUUGUUUGAAUCUGGUAGACUCAUUUUCAAGUUUUGAUAUCCAGAAAAUAAUGAGAAUGACUGAAUUAUAUCCUGAUGACUUUGAUGAACUUAGCAUGUGUGCACUUGAGAAUCAACUAGCAAAUUACAUUAUUGAUGUCCGUGAUAUCGAUAAAAGGUUCUCUGAUUUACAUGGGCUUUGUGAUCUUUCAAAAAGAUUGGUUCAGACAAAAAAACAUUCAUGUUAUCCUCUUGUAUUUCGUUUGGUGAAAUUCGCUUUGCUUCUGCCAGUUGCCACUGCAUCCGUUGAAAGAGGUUCUUCGGGAAUGAAAUUUAUUAAGAAUGAGUUGCGAAGUCGAAUGAAUGAUGACUUCUUGAGCGGUUGCAUGGUUCCUUUUAUGGAGAAGGAUGUGUUUAAGGAUGUUUCAACGGAUGAUAUUAUUUUGUCUUUUCAAGCAAUGAAACCUCGUCGAAUAGUAUUGUAA